GCUGCGGACGGGCACGCGGGGGAGAUGGGACUGGGGGGUGCAGCCGCCGGCUGUGGCGGCACCCGCACCCGCCCGGCAGGGCACCGGAGGCCGCGUGCCCCCCCCAAGGCUGGGUGUUAAUGAUUAACCCCGGCCCCACAGCUGCUUGGCUCCCAUGGGGCAGCACCCCGCUGUGCCCCCCGCAGGGCGCUGGGUCACCACCCCAUCCCCCUGCACUGUGCACAUUGGGAGGGCUUGCAGCCCCGACCCCAUAGGGCCAGCUGGGUACCGGCUGCCCGCUCCCAGGGUUGGCCUUGGGCCGGGGAGGGGCUCCGAUAAAGGGGGAAUUUAAGGCUGGCGGACGCCCUGUGCCACCUGGCCGAGCCCUUGAGCACAAUGCUUGCGCUCCUCAUCCCCCUGCUGCUGCUGGCUGGCGGCUGCCACUCUGCCAUGCUGCCCGGUGGGUCACGGGUUGUGAAUGGGCAGGAUGCGGUACCGUACAGCUGGCCAUGGCAGAUCUCACUGCAGUACGAGCGUGACGGCACCUUCCGGCACACCUGCGGGGGAACCCUCAUCGCACCCAGCUGGGUGAUGACGGCCGCACACUGCAUCUCCUCCACGCGCACCUACGAGGUGGUGCUGGGUGAGUACGACAUGAGCUCCGCCGAAGGCCCCGAGCAGCGCAUCCCCGUGGCGGCCGAUGACAUCUUCGUGCACCCCAAGUGGAACAGCCUCUGCUUGGCCUGCGGCAAUGAUAUCGCCCUGCUGAAGCUGCAGCACAGUGCUGUGCUGAACGAUUACGUGCAGACAGGGCAGCUGCCGCCCGCGGACACCGUGCUGCCCAACGGCUACCCGUGCUACCUGAGCGGCUGGGGGAGGCUGAGCACGGGGGGACCACUGCCAGACAAACUUCAGGAUGCUCUGAUGCCUGUGGUGGACUAUGAGCAUUGCACGCAGUCCGACUGGUGGGGCAGUCUUACCAUCCGCACCACGAUGGUCUGUGCUGGCGGCGCCGAGCAGGCCGGCUGCAACGGCGACUCGGGCGGCCCCCUGAACUGCCAGGCUGAGGAUGGGCACUGGGAGGUGCACGGCGUCGCCAGCUUUGUGUCUUCACUGGGCUGCGACACUCCAAAGAAGCCCACUGUCUUCACCCGCGUCUCUGCCUUUGAGGACUGGAUUGCUGAGGUGGGUGCUGGGUGCUGGGAUGGUGGGGUGCAGAAUGCCCAGGGUGUGGGGUGACGGGCUGCCAGGGGCCGGGACACCGGGGUGCUGCGG